CCUGGCACAGGCAGGCAGUGCCGCGCAUGCGCAGCCAGAGCUGUUUUCAGCACCCUGGAGAGCGGCCGCCGACUGCACCCACAGCCCGGGCAAUAGCGCAGGAGCCGCUGGGGCAGGAGAGACUCGCUCGGACACGGGGGCUGGGGAGGAAUAACGCUGCAUCCGGACCGACGCAGGAGCCACGCAAGGACUGUGAAGAGGAGGGAUGGGGGCAGUUAUUGCGCCUUAGGGGGUCUGCACAGAGUCCAUUGAUCCCGGAGGAGGUCACUUACCCCACCAGGCCCCCACGGGCAGCUGGGAUCUGCCACAGUCUGCCCCCUGCAGACCCCUCACAGCAGCCGGAGACCCCCAGGAUGCCAGAUGCUGGAACUUGAAGAUCUCUCCCCAUGAAACAGAUGGGUUUCUAUAUCAGCUCCUUGUCCCGGGCCCCCUGCACCAAGAGCCAGGUGAGGCAUUACCAGGUGGCCCCCAGCUACAACUACAAAUGGACAGACAUCCACUACGAGGCCAGCAGGGGCAACGUGGAGAAGCUUCGCCAGCUGCUGACCACCUCAGACAAAGAGCUGGUGGAUCGGAAGGAUUACUAUGGUAAGACCCCAUUGUACUGGGCAGCCUAUAAAGGACAAAGGACUUCCAUGGAGCUGCUGCUGCAACACGGUGCAAGCGUGAAUAGCUGCUGUAAACAUGGCGGAACCCCGUUACACGCCGCCAUCGGGCUAUUCCCAGAUUGUGCUCUCUUAUUGAUACAGUACGGAGCCGACGUUAACCUCCAGGACAACUGGGGAGUCACGCCAAUGUACCUGGCGGCAUGCAGCGGCCAACUGGAGUGUAUUCGGCUCUUGGUGCAAGCAGGAGCUGCCAUCACGUACAAGAACAAGAAAACAGGAUUACCACCCAAGCGCCUUGCUUCCCAAGUUGCGUUUAUUGGCUGGAUCGAGUCCAACAUCCAUCAGCCUCGCUCGCUGAAGCAUCUCAGCCGCCUGAGGAUACGUUCGAGUUUGGGACCCCAGAGGCUCAAAGCCAUUAGGACCUUUAACUUGCCGCAAUCACUGAAGUGCUAUCUCAUGUUUGAGGAUCUAGUUCUGCAGGAAAACCUCUAGCGUUUAACGCGACUGACUGUGUGCAUAUGACUGCUCUACACUCUGUGUCCCAGAAAUGACCCCCCCUAGCAGCUAUGCAGGAACUUUGCACAUCUCCGUACGGUGGAUGCUGGAUCAUUUUAACCAGAAAAAAAACUGAAACGUACACAGCUACACAAGAACAAAACAAAAA